AUGAAGCGGGAUGUUGUGUGGCUGCUUGUGCUGCCAAUCAGGCAGCGCAAGCUCCCCUACACCCGACGCGCGCGCUACAAGCUGCUCUGCGACACCUUCAACUUUGGCCGGAUGCCCUUCGACGAGCAGUUCUGCAUAGCGACCCUCCGCUCCUUCCCGUACAACGAGGAGUUGGUCCAGCUCGAGUGGCCAGAUUGUGCAUCCAACCCCGUCGCCUGCGGUGGCUCGGGCCAGCUACAGCCGUACCACUCGGGCGAGUGGAUCGUCACAAUCGUCGAUCAGAGAACAGUGACCGAAGCCGAUGGCCACAGGGUGGCACGCGUUUGCAUCAUGCUCGAGCGGCACUCCAACCUGCUGUCCCUCUCGAUCACCAUCGUCAUCCUCCUCGUCAUCGCCGCCUAUUGUGGCUUCUUCAUUCCCGUCUCCGCCGCCCCGGCGCGCGUGGCCAUCGGCUUCCUCUCCUUCCUGAUGGCGCUACGAAAGCUUGGUGUGCUUGCUCUCUCGGGCGUGUUGAACCAGCUCUUCUGGGCAAUGGGCCAGAUGCCGCCGCUGCUCGAUCCUUCCGAAAAUUACCGCGUUUGGAUGAUCGACUUCCUGUGGGGUUCUAUGUUCUUCAACUGGCUCACCCUCAUCGAGUACGGUCUCGUGCAUUUUGGCCUCGAGUGCGAACGGCGCCUCGCCGCGGGUGCGAACGCGCCGCCCGCCGGCGAGCACGAUGCCGCGCUGGUAGCACAGGACAAG